AUGGAGGCUAUCCAAACCCACCCGUCCAACGCCGCUCAGGCGAAGGCUUUCACUGCUCCCGGUUCCCUGUCCUUCCCCGGUGCGGCUGGCGAGCUCACGCCGCCCACGUCCACCGCGAACAGCGACAAGGGCGCCGCGGUCAAUGGAGCCGCCGGUGCGCAGGCCGCCAACGGCAAUGGGGUGACACCCGCAACCCCCGCGGCUACGCCCGCAGCGAACCAGGGUCCCACCAGUGGCAUGACCCCUACUCUACAGAACAUCGUCGCGACGGUCAACCUCGAUUGCCGUCUUGAUCUCAAGACGAUUGCCUUGCACGCGAGAAACGCCGAGUAUAACCCCAAGCGUUUUGCUGCGGUUAUCAUGCGUAUCCGCGAGCCCAAGACCACUGCCCUGAUCUUCGCCAGCGGCAAGAUGGUCGUCACCGGUGCCAAGUCCGAAGAUGACUCGAAGCUUGCGUCGCGCAAGUACGCUCGUAUCAUCCAGAAGCUCGGCUUCAACGCCAAGUUCACCGACUUCAAGAUCCAGAACAUCGUCGGUUCUUGCGACAUCAAGUUCCCCAUCCGUCUCGAGGGUCUUGCUUCCAAGCAUCACAACUUCAGCUCUUACGAGCCCGAGUUGUUCCCUGGUCUCAUCUACCGCAUGAUCAAGCCCAAGAUUGUGCUCUUGAUCUUCGUCAGCGGCAAGAUCGUCCUUACCGGCGCGAAAGUGCGUGAGGAGAUCUACCAGGCCUUCGAAAUGAUCUACCCUGUGCUGCAAGAUUUCCGCAAGGUCUAA